CAAGACGGUGCAGUAGGUGUGUCUUCUCUCUCACUUUUACCGUUUCUUCCAGGAAGUAGACUGUUUUGUCUUGAAGUCAGUUAGUGCCAAGUGUAAUAACAGCCUGAUAGAAGCACGUUGAUGGUAAAUCUUUCUUCCUGGCUGCCAUGUCGGAUACUUUGGACCGGUCCACGAAGAUCAACUUGCUCAAAGAGCCGGUCGUGAGGAGGCUCUGUGAGGUGUUGGACAAAUCCAGCAAUAAAGGAUGGCGAAAACUUGGAGAGAUAGUCGGCAAUGAAAGACGGUUUAAAGUCAGCUCAGACGACAUGGAGAUGUGCUCUCUGAAGGUGUUGGAGCUGGAGGGCAGCCCGAGCCGCAUGCUGCUGAGGCUAAUGGGAGAACGAGGAUGCACCAUGGGUCACCUCACUGACUACCUUCAAACUCUCGGCAACUCUGAGGCCCUUCAGUGUGUGAAACCAUCAGCCUUGCAGAUCCUCAUUCAGCCCCAGUCUGUAGCUCUUAUAUCUGGCCACAAUCUACGCCUCACCUGCCAUGCUGUGGGCAAAUCUCCAGUACAGUACCAGUGGUUCAAGACCAAGGAAGAGGUGCCAAAUGGCAACUCUCCAGACCUGGUGAUCAGUCCAGUCCAUCUGAAGGAUGCUGGCUUUUACAUCUGCAGGGUCAAUUGUGGAGAAACUUCUGAAUUCAGCCAGUGGGCUCAGGUGGAUGUCAUGAAUGUCGCCAUGUCUUACGGGCAGAGUUAUCAUUCCUUAGAAGGUCGGCUGAAGUUGGUAAUCCAGCCUCAGUCGCAGCGGCUACAUGUUGGUGAAAACCUGCAGCUGGAUUGUGGUGCAGUGGGUCGGCCGAUCCCUCGAUAUCAGUGGCAUAGAAAUGGAGUCCCGAUCCCCAAUGCCACAAAAAGGAAACUCAUGGUUCCUCAUGCGAUGCAGGAUCAACACGGCAGGUAUCGUUGUGAGAUCAGCAGCAGCUCUGAGAGAAUGUGGACCAAUGAAGUUGAUGUUGUGAUAGCACCAAGGAUAUCAGUCCAGUUUUCAGGGGCAAUGGAGUGCUCUGAAGAUGAUGUUUACGCCAUUGGAGGAGGCUCCAGUGAAUUUUUCCUCAAUAGUAUUCCAGAUCAACUUUAUGCGACUGACAAAGUGGCCCUGUUGAUCGGCAAUCUGUCUUACCAGAACCACCCGCAGCUCAAGGCUCCCAUGGUGGAUGUGUACGACCUCACAAACCUCCUAAGACAGCUAAACUUUCAAGUAGUGUCACUGCUGGACCUCACAGAGUCCGAGAUGAGAAACGCUGUCGAUGAGUUCCUGCUGCUGCUUCACAAGGGAGUCUAUGGUCUGUUGUACUACGCCGGCCAUGGAUAUGAGAACUACGGCAACAGUUUCAUGGUACCAGUAGACGCACCAAACCCGUACCGCUCGGCCAACUGUUUAUGUGUGCAGAGCAUCCUUAAACUGAUGCAGGAGAAGGAGACAGGGCUCAAUGUGUUUCUGCUGGACAUGUGCAGAAAGAGGAAUAUUCAUGAUGAGAGCACUCCAAACAUUGUCCUGAGGGUUACGGCCAACAUUGUCUUUGGAUACGCUACGUGCCAAGACGCUGAGGCCUUUGAGCUGAGCUCCAGUGGCUUCACCAACGGUGUGUUUGUCAAGUUUUUGAAGAAGCGACUGCUAGAUGAUGAGAAGAUCACCGUGGUGCUGGACAGAGUCGCUGAGGACAUGGGUCAGUUUGAUGCCACGAAGGGGAAGCAAGCUCUGGAGAUCCGCAGUAGUCUGUCAGAGAGGAGAGCUCUAACCGAUCCUAUUCUGCCCAGCGACAGUGCUGAUCACACUCACAGCCGCCAGUGGGCAAAGGCUCACGAGCUUCCCGAGAGUAUGUGUCUCAACUUUGACUGCGGGGCUCAGAUCAAGUUGGGCUUCGCUGCAGAGUUCUCCAAUGUGCUCGUCAUUUACACUCACAUCAUAAAGAAACCAGAGGACAUGUCCUUUUGUCAGGCUCACGUCACUGACUUCUCUCAGGAUCUUGAUGUGGAUCCUAAAGAGAUGAACAGAGAGACUCCAGAGGAGACCGGGAUCUACUUUCUGUCCAGCAGCCUGCCGCAGCACUGUCUGUACACCAGAGUCAGUUCGCUGCAGAAGCUCAGGGAGGAGCUGGUCUUCACCGUGUGCCUUCAGGGUACCUUUACCGCCAUGGAUGAUGGUCCAGUCCACUGGGCCAAAAGCAUCAACAUUGGCAAGCCAUUGAUCGCCCGUCUGGACCUGCACCGGGCCAUGCGGCGAAAUAGCUGCCUGCAGACGUGCAUGAUGCCCCACAGCCCGUCCCACAGCCCCUGUCACAGCCCCGGGCCUGAACACCGCCUCCACCUCCAUCAUGGGUUGUACCAAGCCCAGGAUUACAGCCGCCUGUCGCCACAAAACAACUACCUGGACGUCUACGAGCGUCUUCAGGGUGCAGCGGGUGGCUGCAGUGGGGAUUCCUACUAUGACAACCUCAGCCAGUCUUGCUAUGAUCCUGCGUAUGGCUCUCCUGGUGGGCUUUCAAGCUCGCCGGGCAGGCACAGCAUCCCUAUAGAGGCUUCUGAUGAUAUCACUGAACUGCAGACUGUGUUCAUCAACAGUCUGCAGCUUCAGCAGUAGUGAAACAGCUUUAAAUGUCUAUAGUAUAGUGUGUACAGUGUAUCUGAAAUACUGCUGCUCUUGCUGUUACAUUAUGUGACGUAAGCUUUUUUAGGGUAUUAUAUUCUUCAAAUUAUAAGCAUUAUUUGCCUCAACAAGCUUUACACUGACUUUUGUACUUGAAUUUUAAAGAGUUUUGUAAAUAAACUUUUAGAAGAAUGAAAAAGUGUAUUUCAGUAAACUGGCAGAGGAGCAAAGAUCAUAGAUGCUGCACGGUAGAAGACAUGACAUGACACAUCUUUUUGUAUUUUUAUGAAAACUGUUUGACUAUUAUGUAUAUUGAGAAGUAUGAGUCAAAUGCACGUAAAUUAAAUGGGCAUUAAUAUUAAGAACAUAAGGUAUAAAUCAAUCAGCACAAAAGGCGAAAACAGCAUUUUAUUCAGUAGUCUGCGUUUACAGGAGCUCCCUCUGCUGUGCAGUUGGAAGAAGUAUCUGCAGCUGUAAACAGACUUUUGUGUAAUGUGAUUAACUGAGGAGAGAAAGUGCUGGUUAAAAACUACAGUCAAUCAAUCCUAUUUAAACCUCAACCAACUGUGAGCUGUUUUUCUGUGUUUCUAGCAGUCCUCCUCAGGAUGGCAGUAGAAGGCCUCCAUCAGGACUUUCUCUGGCCCUAACUCUCUUGACCUGCCUGCAGUACCCAAUUUCAGCAGCUCCUCUUAUAUCCUGGGUGAGCAGUCGACUUCAUUCGUGUUGGCUGCUCCUCAGUGAACCAUGAAACUUUCUAAAAAAAAAAGAGAGAAUAGUCACAGACCGACAUAGUCCACUCCACACUUUAUUGACAUUAUUUCCAUAGCAUGAGGUCCAUAUAUGAUUGUAAAAUAAGGGUAUAAUAAGUCAGACUUUUAUUCACUGUAAUUUGUGUAACACAUGGUCACUUUAAGAACUCAACAGGCCAGUAAGCACAGACAUAACGUGCUGCUCCACAGUCUUAUUGUAUAUUUAACCCUAUGUAAAGAGAUUAAUUCUCCAUGUGCCACACUGUCACAUGGAGAAUUAAUCUCUUUACAUAAGAAACCACGAGUCCUGUGCCAGGAUGUCUCCAGUAGUGACAGAGGCAGCCAAGAGAGAAUAAGUUAAAACUGUUUUUAUGCAGUAUUUAUUCAAAGUAUUAGUGAGAGGAACAACAUAUAAAGCAACACUGGAGGAAAGAGACGAAACAGAAAUGGACAAAUAACUGUAAAGACAGAAUUUAGUAACGAAAUGUACUGAUGUGGAAAGAAUGGAGAACAAAUGAGAAAUAUGAGCACACCUAAUCUGGUAAGGUGAAUCCAAGAAGUGUGUGAAAUGUAGUUAGACGUGUGUGUUCUUGUGAAUAUCAACGGUGCCCUUUACACUUUUUAGCCUGUUCAACCUAAGGUUGUUUAACUCUAAAUAUUGUUCAUGGGGGUUGUUUCUAGGGGUGGAAAGAGAGCUUUUACUCAAGUAGAAGUACUCAAGUAGGUGAGCGAUUACUUGCUCAAGUGACAGUUUAAAAGUGUCUCUUUUGACAUGUAUUUUGUCAAAACAGAAUUUAUGGUUUUAUCUAUGAAUCUACAAAAAAAUAAACUGUAUAAGGAAGUGAA